AUGGGCAGCAUGCUGGCGGCCUGUGGUGAUGCCACGGAGUGGGAAAGGGUGCUGCAGAUCUUCCUCCACGUAAAGAAUUCCAAGCUCAGCAAUAUGUUCACUUAUGGUGCUGCAAUCACAGCGUGUUCUAGAGGAGGGGCAUGGCCGCAAGCACUUCACUUGCUAAGCCAGGCCCGGAAAGACUCCUGUUGUGAUGCCAUCUGCAUGAAUGCAGCGAUCAGUGCAUGCCGCUCCAAUUGGGAGCUAAGCGUCGCGCUUUUGCAAGAAGCCAAUGAAGAACGUUUGGACACGGCAGUUGCUUAUGCAGCAGUGAUGACAGCAUGUGAUCGUUGUGAACAGCCUGUGAAGGUUUUGGCUUGCUGGGCAGCUAUACCGAAGAAGAGCCAUGCCGCCGCCUGCAGCCUUGCCUUGCGGGCUUGCGAGGCGACAUCUUCAUGGAACCUUGCUAUGAGGUGCCUUCAGAGUGCCUUGAAGGAACUACUCCAGCCUGACGCGGAGUGCAUUGGUGCGGCCAUUGGCGCCUCCAUUGAAGCCUGGCAAAGUGCGAUGCUUUUGAUGAAGGACGCCACACAGCGGUCCUUGCAGCUGGAGGUGGGUGCUGUGGUUGCUUACGCUUCAGCUUUGCGCCAGGGAGGGUGUUUUCAGAAGCUCAGGAGACUGCUUGGAGAAGUGGCCUUCGACCUUGGUGGAUUGAAGGGGUGUAGACGUUGA